CCUGUUUCGGGGAGUGCUGCUGUACCGCUUUGUUCUUCUGACGGAACACUCGCCUGUGUGGAACAAAGAAAUAUCACAGCUAAGAUAUGUGGAAAUGGAAGAUAUGUGUUCUACUUGACAUCGAUGUUUUCAUGCCCGGAGGCUUACUGCAUUGAGUCGACAUCAGGCAAAAUUCCUCAAGACGACGGGACAAAGCUGAAUGUAUCAGGCAUCCAUCCAGUUAUAAGCGCUGAUACAGAGUAUAUCAAAGACGAAAAUAAUGCCUUGUAUUUCUACUGUGACUUUGAGCCUUUAAAUAAUACGGACUAUUAUUACAAGGUUAUAUGGUUGGAAACAAGCAACAGCAUUACGUUGACUCAGCUUUACCAACCAGAGCCAGCUAACUACACAACACAAGACCAGUUUCGAUCUGAAACAAGAUUAAAUCAUCAACAACUCAAACAACUGAACAUUACACUUAAUAUUAAGAUCACGUGCUCAGUAAAUGCACGUCAAGCUGUUCAUUCUAUAGACAGUGAUACACGUCUAAGCGAAGAGCGGUUUUUCGGGAUAGAAAUUUUAAACACGACCAGCAUCACAAUUGAUUAUGACCCAGCAAAGAAAGAAGAGGAUCCAGUUUAUUUGUCCUUUAGGCUUAUGGUGCCUUUUGGAGGUAAACCUGGUUCGAAUGGACAGGAAGCACAUCUUAAUAUGAAAAAACUCGAUAACAAUAAUGGCCAAUGCAAAGUCAGUAAUAUGGUAUUUGCACAGAAACAAGGAAUACCUAAAAGUUGUGGAACGAAAUUUACGUUAGAAGACUAUCAAAACGGGACAAUUAAAAAUAUAGAACUAAAGCUGAUAACAGGCGAUUCAACACUGAACUGGAACCAGAUGUUUUUCAUUUACUUUCAAGUAUUUACUAUGAAAUAUGAUCCAUAUCUUAGCGAACUCAACCUGCCGCUUAUAAAGGUCACGGUGAAACAAAAUCUUGAAACAAUGCGAGGGAAAUACUGUUACUCAUACAACGACCCACACUUCAGAACGUUCGACGGAAGAACGUACGAUAACCAUGUGCCUGGGACAUAUAUCUUUUACAAAAACAACAGAGAUAAUGCGCAGGUACAGAUUAAAACUGACAGAUGUGGUAUUCGCCCAGCGUGCAACUGUGGCAUUGCUGUUAACUUGGGAAGAGAUGUUUUUGUGAUUGAUGCUUGCACACGGCGAAGUCGAUUCGACAUAAAAUUUAAACAAUGUAACGAUGGCCUACUUAGAGACAAGGUGAAGAAGAGUGGAAGCACUUACAGGGUGUUUUUCCCUUCUGGUACGGAAGUCAUCAUCUCCCUUUGGCAUCCACCAUGGAUGAACAUACGAAUUAUCCCUUCCAGGCUUGAUUUUAAUCAAACAACCGGCAUGUGUGGCUCAUUGGACAAUAAUUGGAACAAUGACUUAUUGAACAAUAACCCUUUGGAUCAUGGAGCUUCUUGGCGAAUAACCAAUACCCCGGAAGAUCUGUUCCUAGACCAGAAUUUAAUAACAUAUCAAUGGCCAGGUGAAAAGCUGUUUUGUGAAUGUAAGAAUCAAAUGAAUGGAACCUUGUUAGAAUCCGUUACAUGUAAUGCUGACGAAGCGAAAAAAUGUGCAUUUGACAACAGCGUGUCUGCGUUUAAUCGGUGUUCACACAGUGAAGGUAUAGUAUCACGAAGAAGAAGGGGAGAAUUAACAGUCGAAGGAGACGUCCAUACGUCCGCGAAUACCUCUUUUAACGCAUCUGAGGAGAAUGAUAAUAAGGAAAUUGUCGACUUUAGCCAAGAGGAAGCCAGUGCGUUCUGCGAAGAAGCUUUCAACAUUCAAGUUAUUGAAAUCUGCAAGCAGGUUCCUGAUUUUGAUGUCACAAGCGCUAUCAACAACUGUGCUGCUGACAUAUUGGGAACAAAUACAACGGAAUUUACAAUGGCUACUCUCGAUGUCGUUGUUUCACUAUGUGAGACUUGGAUUGAAGCAAACACUCCACCAACUAUGGAUGAAACAGACAACUUUGUACUCGUUGUUAAUGGAACAGAGUAUGCAAAUCUUACAGAUGAAGUACUGCAAACCAUAGUUAACCCCGUGUUUACGAAUUCCUCAUUGCAAUUAGUCAAAGAACUGGUAUGCCCAGACCAAUGUCUUGGUCGAGGGAUUUGUGUUAACGGUACCUGUAAAUGCAACGAGACGUUUACAGACCCUGACUGCUCAAUUAAUCUCCAAGAGGCUCCAAGGAUGUUGGGAAUUCCAGACAAUGGAUUGUGCGACCGAGUCCAUCGCCUUUGUGAGCAAACGUCUGUCUUUGUAUCGAAUGUAGCCGAAAAUAGUUCCUGCGUUUUAACAGAGAUCGAGGUAUCAAUUGAUGGAACAGUUACCAAUCGAACUACUCAAACAGUGUCAGCAAACAAACUCUCACCAACUGAAGUACUGUGUUCUUUACCAUCAAGCUCAAUGCGUCGAAGACGACAGACAGAGGGAGAAUUGCUCAAUGAUAUUGUAGCGGAAGGAUACAUUAUAUCUAUAACAAAUAAUGGGUACCAUACAAGUGAAGGAGAUGUCAUCAGCAUUUAUGACUCUGACUGCGUUCAUUGUUUAAACCUAGGCGGGGAAAUAAAAUGUGAUAUUCUGACCGAAACCAGAUUGUGUGUACAUGACAGUUUAUGCUAUGAACAAAAUAGUGAAAUAGGUUGUUUUGCAUGUCAAGAGUCCAAUGGCCUGGUGUCUUGGCAUAAUAUCUGUGAUGGUGAAGUUGGUGGAAAGUGCUUUGCUAACGGUUCUUGUACGUGGGAUGCAACUUGCUCUAUUUCUUCAAUUUGUGAAUGCGGGAUGGGAAAAUCUAUAAUCGAUGGGGUGUGCAUACACGAUGGGCGUGUUGGUACCAGCUGCCUCCCAAACAGUAUUUGCCUAGACAGCAAUGCCUAUUGCUCCAAAUCAGAUCAUUGUCAAACCCCUCCAUGUAUGGAUAGAUGCAUCUGCAAUCACGGGUUUUCUGUGAAUGGAAAUGACAUUUGUGAAAUGGUACAAGAGGAUCCCAGUAUUGGGAAUACAGUUUUACUGGUUGCAAUUAUUGUACCGACAUUUAUCUUGUUGGUCAUUAUUGCUGUUGUAUGUUGCGUUUAUUUAAAGAGCAAGAAAACCUCACCCACGGAUGUAAUCGCACCGGGGCAAGCUGCAAACAUACGAUUUUCAAGACAAAAUACAAAGGUAUCUAUUCUUCCAAAUGAGGAGAAGAAUACAAGGCCCAAAAAACAUCAACAUGCAAGAGAAAGUACACUUGGAAAUAUUUUUAUAACUGAUUCAAGUUCCAGUGGACAAGGCUCCCAGAUAUCUCUCUGGCCAAACGGAGAGAAAAAUAUAAGGCCGAACAUCCCACUAUUUGAUCGAAGGGGUACCAUUGGGAAUAUUUCUGAAACGGCAACACGUUCUACAAGACAAGGUUCUCAGGUGUCUCUUUGGCCCAGUGGGGAAAACAAUACAAAACCGAACACACCACGACUGGAUCGAGACAUAACCCUUGGAAAUAUUUUUGUGACGGAUACACAUUCCACCGGCCAAGGCUCUCAAAUGUCUCUCAGGCCUUCUGGGGGGACACAAACAAGACCAAACACCCCGAGCACUGACAAUGCGAGUAUCCUUGGGAAAAUCUUCAUAACGGAUACACAAUCCACAGAGCAAGAUUCUCUGAUGUCUCUUUUUACAGAAGAUGACAUAUUGUUCUCGUAAUCCACUUGAUCAUUUUUAAGUGAACUCACAGACAUGUUUCUUUGGUGAUUUUCUUAUGUUUUCUCUCAUUUGAAUUUGUUCCACGUAUAAUGUGAGUUGUGUUGGGACGUUGUGUAUCUCUCCUUGAGAUAAUAAGCUGUUUUUCAAAUUUUGGGGUUAGAUUUUCUAAAUUUUUCUUUGUUUUAAAUCUAUUAUUCAAACAUCAAGGACCCCUUUUUAUAGACUACGUGCAUCGCAGAUAAUCGAACCAGUACAUUUUCUUUUGUAUCUGAGUUAGCAAAAACAGUUUGUGAUUGUUGUAAUUUGUAAAAAAAACUUGUUUAACAAAAUUGUCAACAAGACAAACGUUUUGCCUGUGCUUUGGGUUAUGAUGAAAUUUGGUGACGUUAAUUAUGGUCAUAUUGUCCUGUUUAAGUUUGGUCGUCGUAACGUUAUGCCCUGUUUACAUUAAACGAUAAGUUUUCUCUUAUGUAGAUCAGAUCAGACAGGUAAAAAAUAUCUUAUAAUUAUGAAAUUUGGUGACGUUGUUUAUGGUCAUAAUGUACUGUUCAAGUUUGGUCGUCCAAUUGGUCAUAGGUCACUUAUUUAUUAUGUUACAAUAGUGUGUAAAUUUCGUUGCA